AGUACAAAGCAAUUACAGUAUGGGAGUAUGUGGGGCAUGGUAUCUGGCUGAAUGCACUGAAAUUACUUGCUGCGAAUCAUAUCGAUUUCGGCUGUACAUAUUAUUAUUCAGUGUUCUUUGUGUCUUAGCUGCACUACUCGUUGGAGCCGCAUGGUUAUUAUUUGAAUUCCGUCCAUCAUACAGAAAUCGCAUUCGUCGCACCGACUCCGAGCAGGCACGCAUUGAGAUGAAAUCCUUCGAGGAGACACGAUAUUUACGGCGCUUUUCUGAGCUCAAUCCUCUUCAAGCACGACGGCAUUCAUUCGACAAUUGAACGUGCCACAAUGCCUUCAUCACGCAUUGCAAUGGUCAAGUACAAUGCGUACGCGAUUCCACAUCCUAACAACAGCUACGUACAUCUACGAAUUUUCAUGUAGAUCCCCACAAGAACAGUAAUUACAUAUUACAAUGCUCCACAGCAACACUUGUCGUCUAUGCGUCUACUGCGUCUAUCUCUGACUUCUGCCAAUCCCGAUCGUUUAUGAUUCUGAGUGCUGUAAUCGCAUUCUGUACAUAUGCACAAUUUCUGCUUUGUUUGCGUAAAUCAGCAACGUUAGCCACAUUUUUACGCGUAAUCAUGUAUAGGGUAGAUCAUGAGUUUGUAAACAUUAUGGGAUGAUUGUUAGGUCAAUUGUUCUGAAUUUUGUAUAGAUAAAGUAGUUCCGAUGAUAGAAUAGUGUAGUUAAGCUGACGCAAAGUGCUUCUCUCAUUAAGUGGUUUAAUUUUCAAUAUGAAGGAGGAAAAGGACUGG